AUGGCCCCCGACCCCUCCUCUCCGACCAUCUACUUCGGCUUCGGCUCCAACCUCUGGCUCCACCAAAUGGCAACCCGCUGCCCAACAUCGACUUACCUCGGCGUCGCGCGGCUGAACAACCACAAAUGGAUCAUCAACGACCGAGGCUACGCCAACUUGGUAGAAGUAGGACCAAAAUCAACCCUAACUCCAGAUUAUUCACGUGUGGUCUACGGCCUCGUCUACUCUCUCCUCCCUUCAGACGAGUCCCGUCUCGAUAAGAACGAAGGCGUGCCACACGCCUACGUGAAGGAGCUUUUUCCGUGCGACUUCUGGGCAAGCAAAGACGGGAAGAAAGUAGAUGUCACUGCUUCCCCGACGGAAAGCGGCAAGAAAAUGCUCGUCUACAUCGAUCGUAAGAGGCGAACCGAGAGCACGCCGAAAGAGGAGUAUGUUUACCGGAUGAACCGGGGGAUUGAGGAUGUGGUGAAGAUGGGCGCGCCAGAGGCUUAUGUUGAGGAGGUCUUGCGCAAGUUCAUUCCUGUUGAGGGAAAAGAAGAGAAAAGGAAAAGUCUUGAAGAGAAAGCGAAGAGGCAGCUGGUGGAUUUUGUGGAUGAGAAUCUUGUGUAG